AUGAAUAUUAGAAAAUUAUUCGACAAGAUUCGCAGUGCCGACUCGUUUAACGCAUUUUGGACGUAUCCUGAGGAAAAAAAUCUUUCCGUCUUAGAGGGAAAGCUUUCCUACAUAAAGUCGGCCAGGGAAUUGCGCUCGGCAGUUGUGCAGAUCUGCAGCCAGGCCUUUGAGGAGAACGACGAAGGCAGUUUUUUGUACACAGAGGCGCAGAAUCUGCUGCGGCACACAGAAAGCGUGGUGGAAAAGGCCGUUUCCAUUAUAAACCCUUCGGGCGCGUAUGCGGAGGCCGUGAGCCUGAAAGAGGAGAAGGAAAAGAAUAGAUUUGCAAUGUGGGAAGAGUCUGUGCGAAACAAGCUGUGUCAGCUGUAUAGCGAGUCUCUCCUAGAAUUCACAAAGGACGUCUCUGCGCACGAGGUGCAGGAACAUGUAAAAAUAGUCCUUUUUGGAGAAGAGCGUAGCGAUUUGCAUGCUCACAUUGCACACUAG